AUGGUGCGCUCACCCCUGCGAGGCGCGUUGAGCGCGAGCCAGUCCGUCGAGGUCAAGCCCGACACCGCUGAGGUGGUCUUCCUCGGCGAGAUCUUGGGCGCGACGGGAUUCAAGGACACGUGCGUGCACGGCGGAGUGAUGUGUCGAUGGCAGGUUGUCCACGGGGAGCACUGGAACCUGGAGCGCGGGGAGCGAGGGGGCGCGACGCAGGCGUCGGAGCCCAGCGCGCACGGCGGGGAGCUCGCGGCGUGGUCGCACCCGCUCCAGAUGCAGUUCAGCACCACCAGCGUCCAGGGAUGGCCGAAGCUCGUGUUCGCCGUGUACGAACGCGACGGCUGGGCGCAGACCGACGCCUUCGCAGCCUACGGCGUCUGCAACCUCCCGCUCACCCCUGGCUUUCACGAUGUCGAGGCGCACUGCUGGCGCGCGAACAACCGAAACGCGCGCAUGUCCGAGGAGAUCGCCGCGCUCUUCGCGGGGGCGCGCGCGGAGCUGGACGGGUGGAAGCGGUGCGUCAUCCGCCGCGAGGAACUCUACGCCUCCCCCGCCGUCACCGUGGGCAUGGGCAGCGUGCACCUCCAGGUGAACGUCCUCGCCAAGAAUCUGGACAUCAGCGGCCUACACGUCGGCGGCGUAUCCGCGUCAGCAGCCGCGGACAAGGCGCGACGCGCCGCCCUGAGGGCUCGCGCGGGCCUCGCGGCAAGCCCGGGCGGUAAGGAAAACGAUCCAACCGAUUCCCCGAUGUCGUCGCCGAGGAACUGGCCCGGUUCACCCGAGCAAGCGUCGGGCGUCGCUUCGGUUCGUAGAGCCGUCGGCGGAGAAGGUUCGGGAGGAGAACCCUCCUUGCCGUCGUCGCACCGCCGCGCGGGAAGGUUCUCCGCCCCGGGAGGGGCCGGCGUCACCCCUGACUCGGCUGCCCCGCGCAGGAGCUUCAGGAGCAGCGUGAGCGCGGUGAGCGCCGCGACGGACGCCUUCGGCGCGGGCGGCAGGAGGGCGAGGGGCGGCGGCGGCGGCCAACUCGGCGGCGCGAGCUACGGCGGGGGCGUCGCAUCGUCGGCGCUGUCCGAGCGCCGCGCGGAGCGGACGUCGUCGGGCGCGAGCGCGUACGGGCCGCCGGUCGGGGGAAGCGUCGGCGCGAGCGGGUACGGCGGCGGGGGCGUCGGUUCCUUCGCGCACCAGCGCGAGCAGAUCGAGGAUGAGCCCCUCAACCAGCCGGGCGGGCGGCGGUCGCGCGCCUUCGCUCGCGGCGGGGGGUACUGA